UUUAAUACCUGAAACCACCCUAUAUAUACACACUCUCAUUCCCUCUCUAUACAUCUUCACUUCACUUCAUAUAUUAUUUUCUUCCACCUAAUUAAUUAUAUCUUUAUUUAUUAUAACUAUUCAAAAAUGAGUAGUGUACUUUGUCAAGAUCAACAAAAGCUUCUCCUUUCUCUCAAAAAGUCUCUCACUCUAAGGGACACUAUCAUGGACAACAUCCCACCUAGGAAGCUACUCACCCGCCGCUCACCUACCACCACCGCCGUCACUGACAUGUUUUCCGACGAGGAUCCUUUUUCCUCCGACCACUUCCGAAUGUACGAGUUCAAAAUCCGGCGAUGCACCCGUAGCCGGAGCCACGACUGGACUGACUGCCCUUUCGCCCAUCCAGGCGAAAAGGCACGCCGUCGUGACCCCCUCAGGUAUCAGUACUCCGGUGAGGUGUGUCCUGAUUACCGCCGCGGAAACUGCGACCGCGGUGAAGCCUGUGAAUUCUCCCACGGAGUUUUUGAGUGCUGGUUGCACCCUUCAAGGUAUAGAACUGAAGCUUGUAAAGAUGGUAAAAAUUGUAAGCGAAAAAUUUGUUUUUUUGCUCAUACACCUCGUCAACUUAGAGUUUUGCUUUUACCACCCCUUUCUCCUUCUCCUACACCUCCUCAAAAAAACAACAAAAAAUGUUGUUCUUUCUGUCAUUGCUGUUCAAAUUCUUCUUCACCCACUUCUACUUUGUUAAGUGGGCCCCAUUUUUCUUCUUCAAAUUCACCACCUUUGUCACCUUUGUCCAAUUCAAAUUCCAAAGAUGUGCAUGUGCUUAAUGAGCUUAUUCGUUCUAUGGAGAGUUUUAAUUUUGGUGAUGAUAUUGUUCAUGAGGCUAAUUCACCUGUUUCUGCUAGCAAAUUGAAUUGGAUUAAUAAUAAUAAUAAUAAUCCUAAUUCUGUUGCUAAUUCUUCAUUGGGUUGUGGAAAAUAUUAUAAUUCAAGUGGUGGUGGUAGUGGCAUGUUUUUGAGAGAUGAACAAAGGAUUAAGGUUGUUGAUAAUGAUGUCACACCAGAUUUUGGUUGGGUGAAUGAGCUGCUGAUGUAGAUCAUACAAUGACAACAAAGCUGCUGAUGUUGAUGAUAAUUAUGUGAAUUCAUGGUGAUUUAUUAUUUCAGUAAUUAAUUUGAGUAAAAAAAAAAGUAAGUAAUUAAGUGUAGAUAUGGUUAUGUGAUCAUGUGACUAACAUAUGAUCCUUAAUUGGCUUGCUUAGCCUCUAUUUCCAAUUGUAAUUCAAUUCUUGUUCAUUUCUAGUUUAUUACUUUCUGAAUUUGUAAGUUUGUGAAAAUUAAUCAAAUUAUGUAAUUUUUUAUUUCAUUAA